AAACAAUAACAAUCGACAAGAAUCUAUAGCUUCACUGUCGGAUCCAGCCUGGGCCCGCCACCUAUAAAACUCUCUGUAUAUUUCUCCGACUUAAAUAUCACGCAACUCGCAUUUUCUGAUAUCCAGAAGAAGCCGAUGCACAGCGUAGAAAGCAGUCCCGAGCGGCCGAUCGUCAACGCUCUUUUCUGAUCCACAGAUAUCUUCGCACUUCUUGCCGCUCUCGCUUUCAGGCGGUAAGGAUGUCGACGCCAGCGAGGAAAAGAUUGAUGAGGGAUUUCAAGCGGCUGCAACAAGAUCCCCCGGCAGGCAUCAGUGGCGCCCCCUGCGACAACAACAUUAUGCAAUGGAACGCUGUUAUCUUUGGUCCUGAUGACACUCCCUGGGAUGGAGGCACAUUUAAGUUGUCACUUCAGUUCUCAGAGGAUUAUCCAAACAAGCCUCCAACAGUGCGGUUUAUCUCCCGAAUGUUCCAUCCUAACAUUUAUGCUGAUGGAAGCAUUUGUUUGGAUAUCCUACAAAAUCAAUGGAGUCCGAUAUAUGAUGUAGCUGCUAUACUUACAUCAAUCCAGUCACUGCUGUGUGAUCCAAACCCGAACUCCCCAGCCAAUUCUGAAGCAGCGAGGAUGUUCAGUGAGACCAAACGUGAGUACAACAGGAAAGUGCGUGAGAUUGUUGAGCAGAGCUGGACUGCCGAUUAACAAAAUGUGCUUUAUGCUGCUGGCUGCGUCUUCAUGGCGGUGCUUUGUUGCUACAUACAAUGAUACAAUGCUCUUGCCAUUGAAUGUUGUUUUUCUUUUUUUCCUUUAAGGUAUUGUAGUGACUUCAUUAUAUGUGUUGGUUGGUACUUUGCGAGACUUUUGUACAUAUACUUUCAUGUAUCCCUCACCCACCCAUUAUCUGGAAUUUGUACUUCUAAAUGUUUUGUUCCCAAAUAGUUGUUAUUGUUAACAUCUGAACUAAGUUCAUUUAUAAUGACUUGUUUUGCAACCACCACUUUGCCAUGUAAUGGAAAUUGUAUGAAUCAUGCACUUCAAAUCUUUAUUUGCCAGUU